CGUCAUAGUUUCUAAAGGUUGUAAUCAAGACCUUCAGGUCUCAGAAUAGCAAAGGUAGAAGAACGGAUGGCAAUGGCAUCAUCUGAAUCACCCAUAAAAAUCUUCAUAUUGGUGGAGUAUGAGAUUGAAGAGAUGGCCCAUUCCUUGUUUAUGAUAGACCUACCAACUGACCUGAUCCAACAGAAGGUCGACUUGGAGGAUGGGUUUGAGGAGGUUUCUCCUGUGUUGUCCUUCCCCGAGAACAAGUUCUUAGACAACACAGAAUUCGUCAAGCUUGGGUCAGAAAUAUACUUGUUUGGUGGUAGUAGUCUAGGAUUAGUCCCAAGCCUUGACCGUCACACGCACCUACAAACCACUGUCCAGGUCCUGGACACCAACAAUCCUGAGAAAGGGCUGCACCGUGUCGCCCCAAUGAACGCCAUCAAGGAAAGAAACUGCGCCUUUGUGGCAGAUGGCAUGAUCUACACACUUGGGGCAUCUGUAGACAGUUCAGAGUGUGGAAUGAGUGGCUGUUUCGAGCGUUAUUCACCCCAAUUGGACAAGUGGGAGGUCCUCCCUGACCCACCGCUCCCUUUGGAGCAGCUUUCUUGUGCAGACUGGACUAGUCACGCCAGUGUGGUGGGUAGGAAGGUCUUCAUUGGCAGUGAAUGGCGUGAUUUGUAUCUCAUCUUUAACUUGGAUACUCAACGGUGGGAUAAGGUUCCUCCAACAUCUGUUGCCCAAUACUUCCCUUAUGGGGCUAUCUGUGUCGAAAACUCACUUUAUCAUAUGAGGGAAAGGGAAGCUGUGAGGCAAUGUAUGGUUUUUGAUCGUGGUUGUGAUUACGAGCCUCUACACAUUGUCAAGAGAGGGCCCUUACCUAACCCCAUCACAAGUAGCAGUAAGGGUAUUCUCAAUCUCAAGAAUGCUCUUUUAAGCAGAGACAAAGUCCAAGUGCUGGCUACAGCAGCAGAAUUGGAGGGCAAUGAUGAGACCUUUUUCACUCAUUCCAGUUUCAAUCCUUGGAGAGAACUUCUCCACUUGGGAGGUUCUUUCUUCUGUUAUGUCGUCGCUGCUGAAGUCAUGGACAAUGAGGAUCGUACUUGGCUUGAUCCGCAUACCCGUUUUUUUGCGAUUAGGAUCUUCAAGGAGGUUAAAGGGGAGAGUGGUGCUGCUGAAUUCCUACCUCUGGCCUCUUUCUUCUACAAGUUUUGCGCCCAAUUCCCUAACUAUUCUGAGAUGAUCCGCUGCUGCGCUGUUGGGAAUGUCCCUGACUCUUGGAGUAAAUUGCUGCCGAAGAAACAACACGAAAGCUGGAAGAGAACUGUGAAACGUACAGCCACUACUACUAGCGGGUCAAAGGAGGUUAAGACAGAGGGCCAUGAUCAAGCUGCAGAUGCUGUGGCGGUUUGCAAGCUUAAGAAGCUUUUGGCAGCCAAGGAAGAGGAAAUCAGGCGGCUCAAGGACGAGCUUGCGCGGUUGGCCAAGAAGUAGAACAUGCUUAUGGUUUGAAAUCAAGGCUUAAUGGUUGGAAUACUUAUUAUUUAUAGAGAAUAUUUAGUAGACCUGGGAAGAGUGGGAAGGAAGUGAUUAGACAGGACUUAGGACUGCUUAACCUUUGUGAAGAAAUGGCCUUAGAUAAGAGCAUUUGGAGAGUAGGAUUAAAGUAGUUGGGUAGCUGCCAGGGGUGGUAGUGUUGUGUGUUUGACAUACCUUUUAUGCUUGGAGUUUUUUUG